AUGGAGCGUUUACAACGUGUGCUAGACCCCUCAAAGCUCGCCUCAAUCAAGGAUCCGAGGGAUCGCGAGAUCAUGGCAGAUGAGGAUCUCAUCCGCCUGAUAUUACGAUCAACUCGAGAGGCGAGAGCGCAGGGGUUCGACGGUAUAGCGUUGGAUGGGCGAACGAUAUGUAGUGAAUGGGGUUUCCGGGUCGAGGACAUCAGGAAGGAUCUGCCGGUGCAGUUGUGGUAUGGCAAGGAUGACUGUUUCGUGCCUGCCCAUCAUGGAGUGCAGAUUGCGGCGAGGCUGGGCGGUGACAAUGGAAAUGUCGUUUUGAGGGUGGAGGAUGAUACGCAUACGACCAUCUCGCAGAGGUGGAAGAGGGCGCAGCUUGAAGCUAUUGCUGCCGUGAUGCAGGGGUGA